CUUGUUGGGAAAGCAGGAGGUGUCGCGGCAGAUGGAACACUUUUCCACAGGAUGGUGUUUGAACGCACCUUAAAUAAAGCGCACUUGCCACUGAGGAGAGGAGAAUCUUUUCUGCACACUCUGGUUGGAUGAUCGGAAGAGCCCACGCUCGGAGUGAGAAGAGGAUGCCAGCCAGGCGUGGCCAAUGUGAAGAGAUGUAUAUAAUCCAGUCUUUUCCUUCUCAUUAGCGCGCAUAUCAAAACGGAUGAGGAGAGUCUGCAUGGCUCGGACAUUUUCACCACUUUUUCAUGUUCCAAAUGCCUUCGCUUAGUUUGAACCUGACGGCCGUGCACACCAUGGCUGAGGUGGGGACUUUGUUCGGAGCGCUCGACUUGGAUUUACAAAGUUUUCCUGCCUUCGGGAACGCGCCUCUGCAGCCGGAGUCGCCGCUGGGCUUGAACGAGCGCUUGGGGCAGAUCGAAGGGGGGCUGCAGCGGGGCUCGCCCACCGACUUUGGACACCUUAAAGGCAUCCUUAGAAGGCGGCAGCUGUACUGCAGGACCGGAUUUCAACUGGAGAUAUUUCCAAAUGGGACGGUUCACGGGACCAGGCAGGAUCACAGCAGAUUUGGGAUCCUGGAGUUCAUCAGUCUGGCAGUCGGUCUGGUCAGCAUCAGAGGCGUGGACGCCGGACUCUACCUCGGCAUGAACGAGAAAGGAGAGCUCUAUGGGUCGAGAAAGCUGACGGCUGAGUGCGUUUUCCGGGAGCAGUUUGAGGAAAACUGGUACAACACGUACGCGUCCACACUGUACAAGCACAACGACACGGCGCGCUUCUACUACGUGGCCUUGAACAAAGAUGGCUCGCCCAGGGAGGGCAGCAGGACUAAAAAGCACCAAAAACUCACACACUUCUUACCACGACCUGUGGAGAUCGAGAAGAUCCCUCAGGCCUACCGGGACCUCUUCCAGUACAGGUGA